ACUCGGAUUGGACAACAGGAUGUGAGUUGAGCUGUUUUGGGGUGAGGCGCUGCGUCGAGGAGCGCACAACUUUCUGCGUCUUUGCGCAGUUUCGCAGCGUUCCGCACAACGUGGAUGAACCCGAGCGCGUCCACGGAGCGGCGUGACCGUGCACGGGAGUGUGCAGAUCUGCGAAAACAGGAGCGCAGUGCGCAGCUGCAGCUCGGUCGCCGUCUCGUGUGUGCGGUGGAGAAAGUUGUGGACAUGUUUUCCUGAAGUGCACGGACGGACCGAUCCACCGUGCAGAACCAGAACUUGAGAGGACAGGAGCCGGACCUGCAGCCCGUCCGGACUCCGGACCGGACCGUGUUGGUUCUCCUCUCGACCGUUCGCCAUAUUGUGAAACUCGGGGAAAGUUGUCAGAGUCAUGACAGUUUCUGCUCCCCCCGUGGAGCUGCAGACUCUCGACUUUGAUCGAAACCAGAGUGAGUCCGUGGAGAGGUCCGUGGGGGUCUCCGUGCACCUCUGAUCAGGUAUGUCCGUGUUUAACCCACGCUCACGAGCCCACGGCGGUGUCUCCUGCUCUCUCUCUUCCUUAUUGCAGAUUUCUGACAGAACAUGAGUGGCCGUCGCUCGGCUGUUGCAGGACUCCCUCCUCCCUCCCUCUGUUUCCUGUAUUUCUUGUUGUGCCAAAUGGCAGCUGCUGCUCUCUGCUCUCUGCUCCUCUCUGCUCCUCUCUGCUCCUCUCUGUUUCUCCUGUCUGCUCCUCCUCGGUGCUGCAGUUUCUCUAAACUUCUUCUCUUCUUCUCGCCCUCCUCUGCUGUACCCGGGUUAAAGUUUCCUCCUCUUAAACUGCUCGUCAGUUUCCUCUCGGGGCCGUUUUUCCUCCUCAGGCCUCGUUUCCUCUUCGCUGCAGACAGUGAAAGUCGGCUGGAAACUUGGUGUGUUGGUCUGUGAAGUGUGAGAAAGAGAGAGUCUGACCCCUCCUGUCUCUCACAGGGUUCAGAAGAGGAAGAGAAGAAUGUUGAGAGAAGUCCUGGUCUGAUUCUGAAGGACUGUUGCAGGUUCUCCCCCCUCUGGACCUCCUCUGGACCUCCUCUGGACCUCCUCUGGGGUCUCCGUUUCCUCUCAGAACCUCUGAACUCUCUGAUUCGCUGAUUUAGAUUAAAAACUUCGAUGUUCAUGAACUUCAAACCGUCACCAUGAGUCUCCCUCCUCAAGUGAACCCUGACAAGAGCGCCAAGCACCGCGGUGCCGCCAUGAAAGAGGCGGUGCAGCACCCGGGGGAGGUCUACUACGGGAUGGGACCCCCGGCGUUAGAGGCGGGGAAUUCUGCCAGCAGCCCCGGAGUUUACAACCCGGAGAAGGGGCCCCAGAACAUUCAGCACUAUCAGCAGGCGGCCCCCAUGAAGUGGAUGCACCAGGACUCUGGGCAGGCCCCCGGCUGGUCCCAGGAAGCCCCUCUGCCCGCCUGGGGGCAGAACUUUGGCCCCUACAUGGGCGGCGUGAACGUCAGGGGUCAGAUGGCGUUCCACAAAGGGGUCCACGAGGGCGUGACUCUGCCAAUGGGAGGAGAGAACCAGCUGCCGGGGUCGGUGGAGGCGUACAGAGACGCUAACCAGGCGCCGGUUCAGGGGAGGGGACACGAGUGGGAGCAGCACGCCGCCGCCGCCGCCAUGCAUCAGGCUCAGCUGCAGGCGUACCAACAGGCUCACAAAGGGGUGGAGCUGCAGGGUCAGGCCCAGGUGGGUCCUCCUCCUCACGCUCUGCAGGGGUCCAUGCUGCAACCUUUUCAGGCAACUUUCAGACCCAGCAAGCAACAGUUUCCGUCGGGUCACUACCCCGUUUUCCCCGGAAACAAGGCGGUCCAGAACCUGGCGUACAGCGAACAACCCAAAACUCAGCAACGCAUGCUGCAACAGAUGAGGCAGCAACAAAUGCAGCAACAGCAACAACAGCAGCAGCAACAACAACAACAGCAACUGUUUCAGCAACAUCAGCUGCAGUUACAACAACAGCAACAAAUGCAGCAACAGCAGCAACAUCAACUCCAACAACAUCAACUCCAGCAGCAACAACUGAAGCAGAUGCAGCAACAGUAUCACCAGCAACAACUGCAGGAGCGGCAACAACAACAACAACAACAACUGCAGCAACUUCAGCAACAACAACAACAACAACAACAACAACAACAGAGUGCAGCGCAGCAGGAAACGGUCCAGGUCCAACCCAAACCGCCACAGAUCCAGAGUUUUGGGACGUUCCCUCCUCCAGAACCUCUCCCCCCCAACGCUAAGAAGGACAAACCGGACCAGCAACUGGAACCAGAACCUGAGACCAGCAACGCAACACCCGGACCUGAGGCCGGCCCGCAAAAGGUUCCAACAAACCCCUCAGAACCCUCCAACGCUCCCCAGGCCGGACCGCGGCGUUCUCGGCGCCUGUCCAAAGACGGACAGUCCCCUUUAGGUCCCCCCUCCACCAACGUGUGGACUCAAGCCGCCAAAGAACCUCAGCCACCCCAGAACGGCGUGAGAGGAGCAGGAGGAGCAGGAGGAGCAGGAGGAGAAGCCACCACAGGAGGAGUCAUCAUCAGCAGGAGGAGGAGAGCCUCCAAGGAGAUCAACCUGGAGACGCUGGCCCAGAAGGCGUCCGAGAUGGAGCCCGCCAAAAUGGCCAAGGUGAGAAAAACACUCAUGACACCUCCUCCAACACCUCCUCCUCCAACACCUACACCACCUCCUCCAACACCUACACCUCCUCCUCCAACACCUACACCUCCUCCUCCCACACCUCCUCCUCCAACACCUACACCUCCUCCUCCCACACCUACACCUCCUCCUCCAACACCUACACCUCCUCCUCCAACACCUCCACCUCCUCCUCCCACACCUCCUCCUCCUCCUCCAACACCUCCACCUCCUCCUCCUCCUCCCUUCUCUCCUGUAGAUCAGAGCAGCUGAGGGUGACUGACAGAAGAAGAAGAUUUUGAGUUUAUUUCAAAUAUUUAAAACAAUAAAAGUUUAAAAAUCAAACAUUUCAAACAUAAAAAUACAGAUUUGAACUUUUUUACAGAGACUUUUUUUUAUAAUAAUAAUAAUAAUAUAUUUAUUUAAAAGUGCCUUUCUGAACACUCAAGGACACUGUCAGUUUAUAAAAACACAGAAACAUCAUUAAAAUAAAAACAACAUAAAAGUGUGAGAGUGGACAGUUAGAGUGAAUAACGUCAGUGAAAAAAACUCUGAUCUGGUUUUUAGUCCAAACUGAAAUGACAGUCGGGUCAGAACCACAGUGUCUGAGAUCAUGAGUGUGUGAGGGAGGUCCAGACCGAUGAAGUCCCAGGAGCUCCUGAGAGUUCACCUGUGGACCUCCUCCUCCUCCUCCUCAGGUGUGUCUCCUUCAGCUCCGUCUUCAGCAGCUAUUCCAGGUCUGCUCACUCCAGAUUCUGGUUUCAGAUCAGAACUGGAAUAAUCGAUAACUGGUCCUUCAGGAUUUCUCAUAUUUGUGUUCUUGGGUCACACCCUCAGCAGCUUCUGUAUUUACCUUCAGCUUCCUCCUCCUCCUCCUCCUCCUCACAUCCACAGUCAACACAAAAACAAGUCAAACACCACCCCUCUGUGUGUGUGUGUGUGUGUGUGUCUGCUCCACCCUCGGGGGGUUCAGGGGACUGUUGUGGUUCAGAGUGAGCUGCUGCUGCUGCUGCUGCUGCUGCAGGCGGAGGUUCAGGUGGAGCAGCUGCAUGUCUGCACACCUCCACAUUCCUCAGGCUCUUUCUCAGCACUCAUUCAGGAGGAGCAGCAGGAGCAGGGAGGGGCCGCGCACGCACACACACACACACACACACACACACACACACACACACACACACACACACACACACCAAACAGGUUUGAUAUUCGUCUCUGAACUCUUUUCACUCAAACUCUGAAACCGUCUCGUUUUUUUCUCCACCAUCAGCAGAAUUUACUCAAACUUCAGUGAGACGUCCUCUGAGACGCCGUCCUCUGAGACGCCGUCCUCUGAGACGUCCUCUGAGACGUCCAAACUGAGCGUUUAUUUACAGAAAGGUUAAAUGUCCAGAUUAGACAAACAGGAGGACACUAAAAAACGAUCAGUCUGAUUAAUGAUGUCAGUGAAGAGGUGAUGAAAAAGGUUUGACUGCAUAUGUGUGAAAUAAACCAUUUCUAUGGUGGCCGAGAAAUGCCACUGCUGCAAAUAAAAAAAAAAAUGAUGCAGAUUAAAAAAAAAUCACAGCAGAAGUUAAUGAUGCAAAAAUGUGGGAUUGCAAAAAAAAGUUACUCGCUGCGAAAAUUAAAGGAUGCAAAUAAAAAAAUCAUCGUUCACUUCCUUUGUGCUUUUUCUGAGAAUCUGCACCUUUUCUUUUUAUUCGCAGCGUGCUCCAGUUUCUUUUUUUGCAUCAGUAACUUCCACUGUGACUUUUUUUUUUUUUUUUGCAUUCUUUUUUUGAAAGUCACUGAAAUAAUCCGUCUGUAGUUAAAUCUGGUGGAUAAUCUCAGAGAUAAUCUGAGAUUGAAUCCCCGCCUCCUUCUUCAGUCCAGAUUAAAUCUAAAACAAAACAACAAACCUGAUUUCAGAGUGAAUCAUGAAUCCGGUUUGUUUGAAUCUUCCUUCUGUUUUAUCUUCAUCUGUUGAUCAUCUGAACUCAAACAUGAGGAGAGGACGUCCGUCUGUGAACGUGUGAAUCCUCAUGUCUUCAUGUCUCUGAUGAAGGGCUGAGCGAGAAGAAAACGUUCAUCAGGAUAUUUACUUCAUAUCAGCCGAUAUCCAGAUAUAUUCUUUGGCGUUUUGUCGUAAGGCGUUGUGAUGUUAAAGUGCUAUGGUUGGGUGGAGCUGCUGUCUGCUACGACACAGUUAUUUGAUACUUGGUUCUAAUUCAGAACAUGAUUGGUUCAGACCCGGAGAAACUCCCCUUCUCAUUGGCUGUUCGUUGGUCGACUAAAACAUGUCAGAAUGAUGACUAUUGAAAAGGAUAUUGAUCAUGUUUGAUAUUGAUAUUGAGGGACAUUAAGUUUAGAUAGAUAUCGUUUUAUCGCCCAGCCCUACUUCUGCGUUCUUCGGUCUCUGUAAUCCCUCUGUUCGACCCUUCGCCACUUCCUCUUCGCUCUGCAGGAGGACGGUUCUUCCAGCAGACAGCCCAGUAUGGUUCCUCUGGUCAUCCCUGUGUCGGUGCCGGUCCACAAGAGUCAGGCCGACCCUCAGGGGGGCUGGGCUCAGGGCCGACCCGGAGUGGCUGAGCGGCCCGCGGAGCAGUCCGACAGGAAACCCUCAGUCAUCGUGGCGCGGCGGCGAUCACACAGGAACCCGGUGAACGAGACGUUUGGUCAGGUGAGUGUUCCUCAAAGAUUCAGGUGAUCAUGUGGUUCAGGGAUGGUAGUGGAAGGUCCCGCCCUCCUUCGCCUCUGAUUGGCUAAAAGUGCUGGGCUCUGAUUGGUUCUUCCUUAUGGCUGUGAAACGUCAUCGUCUGUCGGGUUAGGAGACUCAGAAUUACAAUAAUGUUCUGUCCGAUGUACAGAGCCGACGGCCCGCGCUCCGCUUGAGCGUGUGACCACGUUUCACAGCCAAUCAGAGUCGAAGGAGGCGGGACCUUCCCCUACCAUCCUCCAAUAAUAAAUGUGCCUCCAGGAAAGGGAGGUCCUCAUGAGGAGCUCCUCUCAGAGUCUCCUCGCUUUAGUGAUCAGCUGACUGACUCCUGAACCCGAACUGUUCUGACCCAAACCUCGUUUCUCUGUUCAGGAUUUAGAGGAUCAGGUUCUGGACGAGGAUGGAAAGUCCAGACCGAAGCGCCGGCCCCGCCCUGAGCCCCUCAUCAUCCCUCCACACAGACCCUCCACCUUCAUCCCUCCAUCUCUCUACCCCAGCAUCACCUCCUACCAGAGUAACCUGCGCUCCCCCGUCCGCCUGCCGGACCACCCGCUCACCCUGCCCCCCUACACGCCUCCACCCAUCCUGUCUCCGGUCCGGGAGGGAUCAGGACUCUACUUCUCCACCUUUCUGACCAACAUCGCCAGCAACCAGAUCCUGCCCCCGCCCCCGGCUACGCCCAAGUCUGCCACCCGCAGCCUCCUGCGCUCCAGUCAGUCCCGGUUUCUGAUUUUUCCGUUUAUUGAUUUAAGAUUUUAGUUUUUAAAAAAAAAGUUUAAAAAACUUUUUAAAACGUUCGUUUUUCUGUUUUUUCAGAUUUUAGUUUUUUUUCUGAAGUUUUUAAAAAAGUUUAAAAAACUUUUUAAAAUGUUUUUUUAUUUUCUUAGAUUUUAGUUUUUUCUUCUGAAGUUUUUAAAAAAGUUUAAAAAACUUUUUAAAAUGUUUUUUUUAUUUUUUUCAGAUUUUAGUUUUUUUUUCUGAAGUUUUUAAAAAAGUUUAAAAAACUUUUUAAAAUGUUUGUUUUUCAGUUUUUCCAGAUUUUAGUUUUUUUCUAAAGUUUUUAAAAAAGCUAAAAUACUUUUUAAAACGUUUUUUUAUUUUUUUUCAGAUUUUAGCUUUUUUUUCUGAAGUUUUUAAAGAAGUUUAAAGAACUUUUUAAAUCGUUUGUUUUUCUGUUUUUCCAGCGAGCUCUGACAUCACUCCACCCGUCCUCCCGCUGAUCACUGAUGCUACACCCGUCAGCCUGGAGCCGUGAGUACAGGAACCUCCUGAUUCAGAUUUCUGCCUCUGAAGGACCAAAAGUCCAGCUCUGGUUCUGUCUCUCCUUCUCCAGGCGGAUCAACAUCGGGCUGAAGUACCAGGCCGAGAUCCCUGAGAUCCGAGAUCAGCUGUCCUCCCAGUUGGACCAGCACAGAGCAGACCUGGUCUGGCUUCCUGUGGACGAGUCCAGCCUCAAACCUGGUGAUGAAGAGCGGGGUAAGCCUGUUCCUGUUCUGGUUCCUCUGGACCGGGUCGGUCCUCUUCUCCGUUUUUAUGGGUUUUAUCGUCUCUCUCUUUGAAGUGGAGGACUUGAUGACCGUGGCGUGCUCCAGCGUGCUGAGAGGGGGCGGGACCAACCAGGAGCUGGUCUUACACUGUUUACAUGAGAGUGGAGGAGACAUCCUGGUGAGACCCCGACUCUCUGAUGGUGACGUAAUGAAACAGACGUCAUUGAUCUGAUCGGCCCUGAUCAUCAAUAAUCCAAUCUUUAUUUUUAAAACACGUUAAAACAGAGAAUGAAGAACAACGAGCCGUCCAAUCAGGAGGGAGAUUCAACAACUAUCAAAUAUAUAAAAAUAUAUACAAACUAUAUAUAAUAUAAAAUAAAUACAAACACCAAACAACACACAUAGAUACACACACACACCCACACACACAGAUGACUGAGGAAACUCUGGAUCUCGGACUAAAACAAUAAAAACAUGAUAAAAUAUAAUAAAAGUGAUAAAGUUUUAAAAGUUAAUAAAAUAAAAGAGUCUUAAAAUCAAACAAUAACAGGAAGUAAAUAUAAAAACAGAGGAAAUUAAACACAUGACAGUUACUCCAGGACUAAAACAGGUAAAAUCACAUCAUGAAGGUUAAAAGAUUAAAAUCAAAUGG